CUUCUGCUGCUUUACGUUUUCGUACUGGUUCAAACGAGGCGCAUGCGCAGAGGGAGUGGGGGCAGACAGCGGAGGUUUAAUGAAGGAACACUGGAGGUUUUAUUAGAACCAAAGCAAACAGAGUGGAUGAGACCGAAGAACAUUUACCGCCAACUGUAACAUCAAGCUUCACUGAGGGGACAGUGUGAUGCCUGAAGGAUCUCACAGCUCCUCCUAUGACGUCUCCAUGGGUGAAGAGUCCCCCCGCCUAUCCACCGCCUCCAUCAGCAGUAAUGAUCGCGCUCCGUCGGCGACGCCCUCCGACCCCGACCUGUCAUCAGACCGUCGCCCGGUGAGCCUGAUCUCCACGCUGUCCUCGGGAUCCGGAUCCUCCAGAGACGACAGCCCCGCCCCCCCGCCCCCCUCCUCCCAUACCUCCAACCCCAACAUCGACCUGGACCUGAGCCCCGCGGGGGGCGGUGCAGACAGGAGGGGGCGGAGCCUAGGCCUAAUUAACAACAACAAAGAGUCGACGACGAGCCAAACCUCCGGCCGCCACCUGACGUCUCCGUUCACGACCAGCAGCAUGGCGCCGAACCCUCAGCUGACCUACCUGGACCGUGUCAUCAUGGAGAUCAUCGAGACGGAGAGGAUGUAUGUCAGAGACCUGCGCAUGAUCGUAGAGGAUUACCUGGCUCACAUCAUCGAUCAGUCUGAUUUGUCGAUUCGUCCUGAGCAGGUUUGUGCUCUGUUUGGAAACAUCGAGGACAUCUACGAGUUCAACAGCGAGCUGCUUCAGGCUCUCGACCUGUGUGACAACGACCCCGUCGCCGUCGCCCGCUGCUUCGUCAUGAAGAGCGAGUACUUUGAGAUCUACACACAGUACUGCACCAACUACCCAAAUUCAGUUGCAGCGCUGACGGACUGCAUGAGGAAUAAAUCCCUGGCCAAGUUUUUCCGGGAGCGUCAGGCGUUGCUGAAGCGGUCGCUGCCUCUGGGUUCAUACUUGCUCAAGCCUGUUCAGAGGAUCCUCAAAUACCACCUGCUGCUCCAGGAGAUAGCGAAGCACUUUGACCCCGAGGAGGAGGGGUAUGAGGUGGUGGAGGAGGCCAUCUACACCAUGACGGGCGUGGCCUGGUACAUCAACGACAUGAAGAGGAAACACGAACAUGCCGUCAGACUGCAGGAGGUUCAGUCUUUGCUGCUGAACUGGAAAGGUCCAGACCUCACCACGUACGGAGAACUGGUUCUGGAGGGAACCUUCAAACUUCAUCGAGCCAAAAACGAGAGAACGCUCUUCCUGUUCGAUCGCAUGCUGCUCAUCACCAAACGCCGCGGAGAACACUACGUCUACAAGACGCAUAUCUCUUGCUCCACUCUGAUGCUGAUCGAAAGCGCCAAAGACUCCCUGAGCUUCAGCGUCACUCAUUAUAAACAUCCCAAACAGCCUCACACCGUCCAGGCGAAGACGGUGGAGGAGAAGAAGCUGUGGGCUCAUCACAUCAAACGCAUCAUUCUGGAAAACCACCACGCCAUCAUCCCACAGAAGGCUAAAGAGGCCAUCUUAGAAAUGGACUCCAUCUAUCCUCCCAGGUAUCGUUACAGUCCCGAGCGUCUGAAGAAAGCUCUGUCCUCUCAGUCUGAAGAGUUUCAGCGAGACGGUCGUCAGGGACGACGACAGUCUGAGCCAACCAAACAAAUCCUGAAGAGCAGCAAAGCCAUCUUAAAGGAGACAGAGGGAGGCAGCUUCUCCUCAAACGGCUCUAACAAAGAAGAUGGACGACUUCCUGAAGAAGGUGGAACUGAGCCGACAUCUGAGCAGCCCGCUGCAGACGAGCUGCUGCAGGAGAAGAAGUCUGAACCAACAGUAAACUCUGAACCAGAACCCUCCUCUGAUCCAGACCCUCCUUUGACCUCAGUGUCUCCUCAAAGGUCAGAAGAACUGAAACGUGAAGAACAUCCAGAGCCCACAGAGGAACCAUUGUCCGCCACACCUGACUCAGAUUCAAAAACCUUGAGUAGUGGGGAGUCAUCUGAGGAUGAGGAGGAUGACAAGGAGGUGGCAGAAAAGCAGGGUGAAGUCAUCAGCAUCCUUCCCUCCUCCGUCCUGGACAAAGCCAGCGCUAUUGCUCAGCACUUCACCAACAGCAUCAAACGAGGCAGCCUGGCGCAGGACGACACUCGCUCCCUCGGAUGUGCUUCGCCACGGUUACCAAGCAGAACCGGCAGCAGCCUCAGCCUCAGCACCGAACCCACCAACCAACCUUUAGGACUUAACAGCAUCUGUCCAGAUCCUGCAGAGACCUGCAGUGCAACAGAUUUGACUCUGCUAUCUCCUCGGGACGACAGCCUCUUUGACACUGACAGAGGUAUUCGACGGAGGCGAGAUUCCACCCUGUCCAAGCAGGACCAGCUGCUCAUCGGCAAAAUCAAGAGUUACUACGAGAACGCUGAGAGCCAGGACGCCACCUUCAGCCUCCAGCGCAGAGAGAGCCUGACAUACAUCCCGACCGGGCUGGUCAGGAGCUCUGUCAGCCGGUUCAACAGCAUCCCAAAUGAUAAAACUGUCCAGACUAAUCCCUCCACCCCGACAGCCUCCUCCAGUCUUGACCCUUUCUCAGUGGAGUCACACUUGGCUUUACCUGGAGAUACCCGUGAUCACAUGGUAUCUAGUGACUCUUUGGACUCUUUGAAGUCUGAUCAGAGAAGCACAGAUCCAGAAGAUUCAGGAGAAAGCCUCAGAUCCAGAUCUCAGAGCUUGCAGGAUAAUCCAUAUGAGGAUGAAGACUUCAGGCCUUCAUCUGAAAUGAUUAAAAUCUGGCAGGCAAUGGAGCAAGAGAUCACCAGAUCCCAAAGUGAAGACCGAGGGCGUGAAAAAUCCAGAGAAGCUACAAGAAACUCCAGAGCGACCACCAUCGGCCUUUCCAGCUCGACAAACACUCCAAACAAAAGCUGUGACAGAGAGAGUGGAGCAUCUGACCUCAGCACCAUCACAGAGGAGUCCACAAGCCCUUCGCCCCUCAAGCCCAAAGCCUCCAGGGUGAGUCGGACAGGAAGUCUGAAGGACACCCUGAAGGUGUUCGGGGAAGAGGCCGUCAUCCUCAGGGCUGCGGUUCCUCGGGUCACCCAGCUGAAGGUGGAGGCAGAGGGGGAAAGGCCCAGCGAGGGUUUAAACCAGGUGGACGAUGUAGACAAAACGAAGAGCAAAGUCCUCCAUCUGGCUCGUCAGUACAGCCAGAGAAUCAAAACGACCAAACCAGUGGUCCGACAGCGAAGUCAGGGCAUCCUGAUCAGCAAGAAGAUCUUACCCUGUGUGGUGGAGGAAAGUCCAGGUAAUCCAAACCUGGCGCUGGUUUCUCAUAAGAAGGCGUCCACUCUGCCUCUGAACCCCAUCCUCCCCUGCAGUUCAGGGGCAGUUUUCCCGGGUCGGGCUCGUUCCCGCAGUCCGCUUAGCCCUCCUCCUCCCAUCGAGGGUUUCAACUGGCCUGACGUCCAAGAACUCCGCUCCAAAUACUCCGACCACAGCCGCUUUCAGAAGAGUCCUGUUGGCCGGAGUCGCUCCAUCCCGGAGCAGAUGUUUGAUGCAGGUGUGAGGAGACACUCCAGCUGCUCCUCCAGCCACCUCCUCACCGACAGAGGUUCUGACGAGGGUCCUCCGUACAAGCCUCGCAGCAGUCGGGAUGCCAGCCGAGAGGAACGCAGCAAACGGCUUCACCGAGCCAAUUCUCUGGACCCUCGGCUGAGUGGAGAACAAAUGACUGAAUUGCAGAAGCUCCAGGACCAGGUCUCUAAUAGCAACUACGACGGUUACUUCAUUGCAGCUGAGGCAGCGCUACCCAACGACCCCGAACACAAGAUCUUUGUCGUAGAGAAACUUCCAGAGCCUGAGUCAGAACCUGCAGAAACAGCCAAAGAAUCCAAAGAAGAAGAAGAAGAAGAUGACGACGACAGCUACGUUCAGAUCCGUUCACCGACCAGCAGGGAGAAGAUCCACAUCAUGGCCGUCAUCGACCGCUGCCGGGCCUAUCAGGACUCUGACGAAUACAAACAGAGGGAGGAAGCGAAAACUAAAAUUGAACUAGCUAGGCCUCAAGAGCUCGACAAUACAGCAGCAUCCCCUACCAAUCAGGACGAUGGGUCUCAGAAAACGAGCUCAAACUCUGGACAGAAGACAGAAGCCGGUCAACAGAGCAUCGUGAAGAACCUGAGAGAAAAGUUCCAGAGUCUGAGCUGAAGAAACAGAGCGAUAAGAGUUUUUAAUAAAACUAUAAGGCGUCGUAUCAAACCUCUGAAUUAAUGAACCCAAAGAUUUAUACAUAAAAUACAAACACCGGGUGGUUAAACCGGUCAUGAGCUAAAGAGUUAUUUCCUGUGAUUAUCAAAGAAUUAUUUGUACUUACUUAAAUAUACAUAUACAUAUUACUGUGAUUUCAAGACAACAAACAUUUAGAAGACAAAACAUCUUGUUAUUAUUGGCUUCUUAUGUAAAAAUCCAAAACCAACUUUCUUGAGAUUACAAGAUCCUUUCCCAGUGUCCUCUCUGGCAUUUUGUAGAUAAACAUCUAGAAAUAUGUAAAUAUCUUUAUAAAGUCCUUAAGUAUGAAUUAUCUACCGUCAGAAUAUUUGUUAAAAGCACCUUUUUGUACUGGAUGUUACGUGUUGCACAGUUUCAGGGAAGUGUAGCUACACAAUGAGUAGGUUUUGUUUCAGUCAUCUUCUCUUUGCAGUUGUAAAAGCUUCAUACUGUAUGUUACAGUCACAGCAGAGACUUUAAUGCUGCACUGUAUAAAUUAAAGCUCAUGUGUAGAUUCCUGCUGCUCGAGAACCAACCACUAAAUUAUUCCACUGCAAAAGUCACUUUGUUCAGUCACACUUCCAGAAAUUUAGUGGUUGUACAACUACUGGUUUUAUUUUGAUGUUAAAGGAAAAGUCCAACAUUUCGAUAAACCCUCUGUUAACUCCAGAGUCAGGUUAUUCAGAUACCUAUCAGUGUCAUCUCUGUGUCCAGGUUACAGGUAGAUCCAGGAGAUGAUUAGCCUAGCUUAGCACAAAGACUGGAAGCAGAAAAACAAAAUCCUUCCACCAGCUUCAAGUCUGUUUGAUUUACAUGAUGCUUGUAUUAAAAAGUUGUAGAAAUAGAAAUGUAAAACACAAAAAUAUUUCGGUUUUAGCACCAUUCACUGUCCUGAUGCUACAGUCAACUAAACAGCUGACGCAUGGAGAAGGUGGGCACUAGUUUCUUAUCUAACAAAGAUGAAGUUCCCCAAAUGUUGGACUGUUCCUUUAAGCCGUUUCACUUACGAAAACUGUGUCUUCAGUCUGAAAGUCGCCUGAAGACAUUAAUGAUAACAGUGUCCAGCUUUUACACUGUCCAGAUAAAUGUACGGAGGACUCAACCUGCUUUACUAGGACAACAAUAAAUAAGGGGGCAAGUUACAAUUAAUAAAUUCAUUUUAAAGAGAGUAAAAUAACUGAAUUAAUUUAUCCGCAGAAUUAUUUUAUUAUUAGUAACAAAAGUUUCCUUAAUGAACAUGGUUUUAUAUUUUUCUUCAACAUGCAAUUAAAGCAACAACCUAAACGAUUUAAUCCACAGUAAACACAUUAUGAUUAAUUCAUUAUACAUUAAUGGCUGUAUCUCUGUGUUUGUGCUUUUCAGUUUGUCUAAUUAUUUUAAAUUUAUUUGGACAAUUUAUGGACUUUGUUAAUUUAUUGAUUUCCUAAUAACCAGGUUCUGUUCUCCAUACACACUAAUGAUACAAGUGUUUUCUACAGCAGCUUUUAACAAGCUUAGUGAGUCAAUUCAUUUUAGCCCUUUGCUCAGUGGCACACUGGCACAUUCAAGACUUGAACCUGUGACGUUUCUGUAACCACUCAUCCUCCCAGUCAAACACUGUUAACAGUCAGACUCCUUCCUGUCCUGUAUCUCCUAUUUAUUUGAUCUGAUGUAAAUAGAGACAAACACACUGUCUUUCUAUAACUGUAGUUAUAUGUGUGUGUAUGUGUGUACAACCAUGUUUAUAUGAGCUCAGAAGACGUCUGUUCUGUUCCACAUUAAAACAAGA